AUGACGACAUUUAUGAACGGCGUGGCGAUGGGCUGGCUGUCCCCGACAGUGCCCUACCUCAAGAGCAAUUCCUCAACAGUAACCCCCCACGCAAUGACAGAUAAUCAAGUCUCCUGGAUGACCGGUGCCACGUCAAUAGGCGCGUUAAUGAUCCUCCCAUUCUGCGGAAUGAUGUCGGAACGUCUGGGCAGAAAGAUAACCGGAUGUCUGAUAGCCGUCCCCUUCUUCAUCUCCUGGCUGCUGAAAAUCAUUGCCACUAAUUACCUCUACCUUGUGGUAGCCCGAUUACUCAUAGGAUUCAGUGCAGCCAUGUUCGGGAGUCUAGUUCCUAUUUACGUUUCCGAGAUCUCAGCGACGAGUAUCAGAGGACAAUUGGGAAGUUUGUUGAUAUUUACCUUGAACAUUGGUAUUGUCUCGGGAUACGUCCUGGGAACUGUGUUUUCGUAUGUGGUAUUUGCUUCGAUUGUGUUGACGCUUCCCGUCAUCUUCUUUGGAUUAUUCAUCUUCAUGCCGGAGACCCCCAUCUAUCUCGUCCGGAAGAAUCGCAUCGGCGAGGCCACCAGAUCCCUGAUGUGGUUGAAAAGUAACAAUGAAUCAGCAGCGAAACUCGAGUUACGACAGCUUCAGGCGUAUGUCAAGGAGAAUGUUGAUACCAGUAGAUCUGUUGGAUUCAGGGAUCUCGUCAGGGAUCGAGGGACGAUCAAAGGAUUUAUCAUUGCAUUAGUUCUUCUCGGGGCACAAGAGACGACUGGAUAUUCGGUCAUGGUGAGAACUGAUCUACAACGGUAG